AUUUCCUACGGUCCUUCAUCUGAGACUGUCCCUUGACUCCCUUCCUCACUUCCUUCACAUGCACCGACGAGCAGCCUUCACAUUCAAGUCAAGGUUACGCCAAAUCCAUACUUCUUCGCUCCUCCGUCAGCAACCUAGAUAUGCUUCGCGCGCAAUUAUAGUGUCUUCAGUCGUUAUUUCUGGUGCCUUAAUAUGGCGUUCGAACAGAGAAAUCAUACAUAAUGACAGUGAAUGGCCUGGUCCUUCGCAAACACCUACAAAAGUAACUCGAGACAGCGACAUAAAAGACUCAGAGGCGCUGCAAUCAAUUGUCUGGGGCUCUAACCAGUCCAAAACACUGUUACUGGAUAGGGAAGAGCCAGAUUCCAUCCGCACACCUGCCAUUGCAGAGUGGCUGGAAGGCGUUGCACUCAGAGACCUGGUCCUACACAAGGACCAUGCAGCGUGUGUAGACGCUCGAGGAGACGUGUAUCAAUGGGGAGCUGGUCACUUUGGCUCCGUAGAACAUGAUAGCCCUGCACCGACGCUGCGAAACAAAAAUAUCGUACAACUUCAGUUGACGGAAUCAAAAUUGUAUGCUCUUUCCGCAUCCGGGCAAAUUUAUGUCAUGGAAGCAUCCGCUUCGAAGCAAUCGUUGCCUGCUGGAUCCUCCACACCGUCAAGCUACCCUUUGUGGAGUAUGGGCUGGCUCUGGGGUAAGGAAGAAGAAGCUGUUGAUUUUGUGGAGAUAAAACCUCAGCAGCAACUAAAAAGACACGAAUUGUUUGUGUCAAUCUCUGCGGGAAACGACCAUUUGUUGGCAUUAACAAGCUCGGGGAGGGCAUUUGCCCAUCCCGUGAACUGUAACGCCAACGUAUAUGGUCAACUUGGGUUCCGAAAAAUCGAAGUCCCUGAUCCUGGUCAUCCUUUUGGACAUUCCGUUCUACCAGUACAGCUAAUACCAAAACCACUCAGCGGCGAAGCCUGGAAGGACAACGACACUAUCAGAUUCUGUCCGACUAUCUAUGAGAUUCCUUCGCUACGUGACAUACCAGUUAGUCAGGUAGCUGCAGGUGGACGGAACAGUUUUAUUCGAACAACCACUGGUUACAUAUUAGGUUGGGGCGCGAAUGAAUACGGGCAGAUUGGGUUGGGCGGCAGUGUUACGGUUCCUGCAGUUACGGUUCCAACUGAGGUUAUCCCAUGGCGAAUGUCUCACCAGACGCAUAGUAAAUGCGUUGAUAUCUCUGCCGGAGGUGACUUGACUUGUUUCAAAGUAGAGUAUCCAGAAGAAGGCAAAGCAGAUAUCUUCAUGUGCGGAAAUGGCCAAUGGGGCGGCCUUGGCAACAAUUUGUUCAGCAAUGCUCAGGGUACACCCGUACGGGCAAAGAAUGUUGGCAAUCUGUCUGAAUACAGCGAUGCUACCCAGAGCAUAGUACCGAUUAUCCCACGAUCAGUGAGCGUAUCACAGACAGGUCAUGUUCUACUGACGCUCGACACAUCGGAUGGCGGGAGAGCAGGGUGCGAUCUCUUGGCUUGGGGCAAGAAUCAAGAUUCAGAGCUUGGGAACGGGAAAAAGUCGAGUGUCCCUGUGCCGACUACGAUCCAGAUGGGCGACGAGAGGGCUAUUCUUCGAAAACGAAAGGGAGUGAAGGUGACGGAUCUGAAAGGUCAGUUGUGGAGUCGAAAAGCUGAGGUCGAACAGACCGCCGUAGCCGGAUACAACAAUAGCGUAGUAUAUUGGAAGAUACGACAAUUGUGACAAAAUGUAGUCUGCUCUACCUGCUCAGUCGUGUUGCGAUCAGGUCAAAUC